AUGAAACGAGUCAUUGCUCCCUCUGAUCGGGGUCAGAUAUCAAAAAAGACUAUCAAACGCUCAAAAGGUGUCUUUGUUGAAGAGUCAUCCUCGGGCCAAAACGGGCACUUUCUUGGUUGUUUUCCUCCUGAAAUUGUUUUCCGUGUAUUCACUUUUCUUGAAAUUUCCGAUUUGUCCAAUGUCGUGUUCGCUAGUCGAUCUGGUCGGAUGUCCGUGAAACACUAUCUUACAAGUCCUGUUUGUACACAGCUUUACAGUUUCAGAAACCCACACCCUCCUAAUGCACCUGAUAACUUUGUCGCUGUAAAGGAGCAGCUUGAUUACUUCUCCCAUGUUGGACUUUUGUUUCGUAGAAUAUAUUGCUUCCGUCCCCUCUCUCUGAGGAUUCAGCUUCUGGAUAGCAUUCUUCGGGCGGUCAGUCUACUGAUUCUCUGUAUCUUAAUAUCAUCUACACGUGCCAACAGCUUUAUGUUCAUUGAUGAAUUCCGUACCUUCAUUUUACCUUUGAGCUCUUGA